AUGACGCCUUCCAUGACAUACAGCUCCACGACGUCAGAAUGGUCUCAUGUGGACGAAGACGACCUCGCUUCGUCAGACAAUCUCUCAGGCAUUGAGUGCCUCGACGAUCUCUCGCCCACUGGCAGCGAUGCGGAUCUGCACCCCUUACAUGCAGCCAACUCCGGCGAAGCGGCGGGCCCGGAUACCUCCAGCUUCCAGACCGACGCUGCCGAGAAGGACGUCGCACUUCGCGCCGCAACCGACGCGCUCGCUCGUCUUCAGUCUGAGAACCAAUCGCUCCGCGCGACCCUUCGGUUGCGUACCCUCGAGCGCGAUCUCCCUGCCUCAGCUGCGAUUCUCAAGUCGGCCCGGGACGUCCAGCUUCUCAUGGACGAUCUUUUGGCCAAGACAUCGAUGCUCUCCAUGGAUAACCCCGACCCUAUUCUCGCAUUUACUACCUAUGCCGAAAGCAACAGACCACCCCCGGGGAUUUCCAGGAACCAGCUCAAGAAGCGCGAGAAGCGUGCCAGAUACGAGGCGCGCAAGAUUGAGAAGGCGGCCGCCAGAGCUGCUCAGGCCGCGGCGGAGGGCAACUCUGUCCCUACCGGGAACCUCGCCAGCACCUCGUCGACAGUGUCCUGGGGUAAAUCUGCCUCCGAUAGCACCAAAGGCAAUGUCGAUUGGCUCGCGGUGGUGAGAAAUGCCUCAUCCGGCGAGCGGAGGGAAGCUGCCGAAACCAUAGGGCUCAUGCAUGAGCAGGCUAGCGGCCUUCUCCAAGUACUCCUCGACCGCCACAAGGUCCUCGCGCAGAUGACUUUGGAGGAGCUGCAGCUCCAGGAGAAGGGCUUCUAUCGGCUUUCUCAGAAUGAGAUGGAGAUCAUGGCCCAAUAUCCCGAGGUGGUCACGAUCGACGGUGAGACUUUCUUCAUCUCGUCACCCCUGCCCGAGGGUGCCGCUCCGGCCACGGCGUCGGGUUCCCAAGCGGUCGACCUGGCUUCGUUCUGGCAAGCCCGCAACCGCGAACUCGAUCACGGAUUGUACGCAGGCAGCGAUGCGUCGACCGAAAUCGGGAUUGAGUAUGUCGAGGAGUAUGUCGAGGACGAUGGAGAUGACGACGUCCUAAAUGGUGAAUCGGAUGACGAGUAG